AUGAACCACGAACAGCUUCGGAAUGAGUACAGGCGCAAGUUUGUGGCUGCCAAGUUUGCGGACUUGGUCACCGAGAACAGCUUCCUGAGAUACUUCUACCAGAGGGAACUGCACUUCAUUUUUGAAUCUCUGCCGAAGAGGAGGCGAAGCCUCCUGGACGUUGGCUGCGGACCCACCACCUACAACGUCUUCCCAGUCACGAAGAGCGUACCAGAGGUCGUACUGAGCGAUUUAGUCCUCGGUAACAGGUUGGAAGUGGAGAAGUGGCUGAAGGGCACGCCUGACGCCAUGGACUGGUCCUGUUACACCGAGUCUUUGGCAAGGCUGGAAGGAUUCAGUGACAUCAAGCGAGGAGCGGAAGAAAUUACGGCGAGAACGCGCAAAGCCAUCAGAAAAGUGGUUCCUGGUGAUGUCUUGGUCCCCGGAGUCCUUCCAGAAGAGCACCAGGAGAAGUUCGACGUGGUCCUGUCCUGCCUCUGCCUGGAGGCAGCUUCCCCGGACGAAGCCACGUUCCGCACGGCCUUUCAGAACGUCGGCGACCUCGUUCUCGAGGGAGGCCUCCUUAUACUAUGUGGUGUCCUCGGCUGCCGCGAAUACAGUGUGGGGGGAGUCAAAUUUCCUUGCCUCUGCUUGAAGCCAGAUACCGUGAAAGACGCUCUGGUGCGAGCUGGCUUCAAAGUCAAUCUAUGGCGUUGCUUAGACGAGCCUUCCCCUUUGACACCGACUAUCGACUCGGCGUAUGUCGUCGCAGCCGAGAAGCUUGGAAUCACUCCCUGGCCUUGA